AUGAACGAAAAUCUAUUUUCCUCUUUCAUUACCCCUGUAGUAAUAGGACUUCCUAUUGUUAUCGCCAUUGUAAUAUUCCCAAGUAUUAUAUUCCCAUCACCUAGUCGACUAAUCAACAACCGACUCAUCUCUAUUCAACAAUGACUAGUACAACUAACAUCAAAACAAAUGUUGUCCAUUCACAACCAAAAAGGACAAACCUGGGCAUUAAUAUUAAUAUCCCUCAUCUUAUUUAUUGGCUCCACCAACCUAUUGGGCCUACUACCCCACUCAUUUACCCCUACUACUCAAUUAUCCAUAAACUUAGGAAUGGCUAUCCCCUUAUGAGCAGGCACAGUAAUUACUGGCUUCCGAUACAAAACAAAAGCCUCCCUAGCCCAUUUCUUACCACAAGGAACACCCAUCCCCCUAAUCCCCAUACUUAUUAUCAUCGAAACUAUUAGUCUGUUCAUCCAACCAAUGGCUCUAGCUGUACGGCUAACAGCUAACAUCACUGCAGGCCACUUAUUAAUCCACCUAAUCGGGGGAGCUACCCUAGCCCUAAUAAACAUUAGCACUAUCACAGCAGCAGUAACCUUCAUCAUCCUUAUCCUCUUGACCAUCCUGGAAUUUGCAGUAGCCCUUAUUCAAGCCUAUGUUUUCACUCUGCUAGUAAGCUUAUACUUACAUGAUAAUACUUAA